ACUUCCACCUCAGUUGUCAUUAAGGUGAAAACUGAAUUGGCAUGAAGUUUUCUACCGUCUCUUCCUCCUCCGGCUCACGAUCCGCAAACGCUCAGUAGCAGAGAGUACCAACAUGCCCUUGCCACAGUCCCUCCUCCCAGGCACUUCAGACUCGCGCCGUCGUCGCUCCCGUUUCCACUACCUACGCGGCACACAGCCCUUCAUCCGCCGCAUCCUCUCCUCCCGCCGCUUCGCAUUCGCAAACGUCUGCCUAUUUAUUAUAAACUGGCUGCUGCUCUUCGACAACACGUACCCCAUAUCCGAACCCGCCGAGAUCUUCGCCGCCCGGUUCGCAACCUAUAUCCAUACCACCACGCCGAACUUCGCGGGCUUUGACCCGGUUCUGCAAGUCAAAGGCGCGGAGGUCGUCAAGAUCUUCAACAACUUCCAUGGGGCGACAGACGCUGAACAGCGGUAUAAAGCCGUAUAUGCAGACACAUUACGGCGCUGUUUACGCGGGACAAAGAUGCUGUGUAUGAUCCUUGAGGACGACCUCGUAUUCCUGGACCCCCCAACAACCAUUGCAACCAUCGCCCGGCAUACGAUAUCCUACUAUUCGAACGACAACAUGUAUUUUGACUGCUCAAAGCAUGGGUACAAGUAUCUCCCCACAGGGCGGACGGGGAAUAAAACCCUGUGCCGCAUUUUCACAAAGUAUAAACUGGAGGACUUUGUUGAAUGCUAUGAGGGGAUGGACGGCGCGGCGGAUUUGGUAAUCCCUGUUUGUAUGGAGAAGCUGGGGAUUCAACAAGGACGGUUUUUGAUCGUGCAGCAUACGGGAGCGAAGACUAGGAUACCGAAGAAGGAUAUAGAUUUUACAUAGAGUGGUGGUUGACUGCGUACUGCAAGCCCAAGGGUGGAAAACGAUGCCUGAUGCACUCUUCCCCACCUGACGCGACGCGUUUGGAUCCGCAUGAAAACCUUCGACACGACCCUUUCCGAGAGACAUUGCUCCCUCCGAACCCGCAAACCACAAAACCAGAAACACAGAAUGCCUUCUG